AUGACUGUUCCUACCGAAGGGCAGUGGUUCGUUCUGGAUCCUCUCAUAGUUGGGCCGAAUAUGAUUGCUGGUUGUAGAGUUCCCUCUGGGUGCCAUCUAGUUUGGACGAUAGGACGGUGUUGUGCUCCUGCAUCUUCGUCAUUUCUUGCUGUAAGGCUUCCAUUUGGGCCUCCAAUGUGUGUUGCCAGACGGGUGUUUCCUUUCGGAGUGUGCUUGGUGGGGGAGUGGGGCUCGCUCCGCCAGCCAAGCCGAGGAUGGGACUAUCGGUAG